AUAUUUCUCUGAGUAAACUGGAUGCUAUGAGGAAGGAAACCCUACAGCAGUGUGUAGCACUUCUUUUGCCAACUAGUGUGCAGUUUCAUCAUGCAGUUAGCAUUGCCUUAACCGCAGAUGCCUAUCAAGCCUUUAAAACCUGUGCCCAUUUUUUUGUGGAGGGAGUGAGUAAUAUUAAAUGGCACAAUGACAUGACUUACAUUUUAUUUAUGAAAGAGGAAUAGAUUUAACAGCCUUGACUGAAUACUAAGAACACAGAAAAAAGCUUACUAACAUAAGACUUCAAGAUGCGGUCACCUCUAUCAACUCUUGUCAGUUAGCUUAUGUCUACCCUGCAUCAUAAAGUACAAUUGCAUUGUUUGCUUUAUGAAGUCCUCAGGAUACCUCAUUCUAAUCACAUCCAGGACUUUCCAUGAAAGACACAGUUCCAAAGCACUUAUCAUUCUGAUCUGCAGUACGUGUAUGUAGCACAAACAUAAAUAUCAUUAAAAAGCCCUGCCGUGCCACAUGAAUUACUUUGUAGACCAUGCAGAAUCCUCCUACUGCUGUUCUGUGACCCAUGCUAUGAGAUGCUGUAUGUAUGUUUGUGUACAGUUUUACUCGGGCAGCCUUAACCUGAUGUGCAACAAUAAAUUCUGCAGCAUGUCUGAGGACAGAGACAUCAGAGCUUUUUUGUCCACAUGCCUGUUCUGAAGCUGGAUGAUGGGUGAGCCUCCCAUAGUCUUUCUGCUGAUGAUACUAAUUUGGGGAAAUGUUCAGACCAUUGCUAAAAAGACACCAACGGAUACUUACAAAGAGUGGAAACAAUAUCAGAAGGAAUGUGAACAAAAGAUGGAAAUGGAUCCAUACCCAGAAGGUUUAUUUUGUAACCGGACAUUUGAUAAAUACGCCUGCUGGCCAGAUGGUUUGCCCAACACAACAGUUAAGAUUCCCUGUCCUUGGUACUUGCCCUGGAAAGUGCAAGGUGGCUUUGUUUUUCGCAAGUGUGGUCCAGAUGGAAAUUGGAUUACUGAUAGUUCUGGUCUCCCAUGGAGAGACCAUACCCAGUGUAACCUAAAAGAAGAUGAUAUUGAGGACCAGACGAAGGUUAAAAUCCUGGGGCAUUUCCGAGUGAUGUACACAGUUGGAUAUUCUCUGUCUCUUUCAGCACUUGUUCUGGCACUGAUUGUCCUUCUGGUUUUCAGGAAGUUGCACUGUACUCGAAAUUACAUCCACAUGAAUCUUUUUGUGUCUUUCAUCUUACGGGCCAUUUCUAUUCUGACCAAAGACACCCUUCUGGAUCUACGAAUGAAUAAAGAAAUUAGGGAAGAAGAUGACCUCUCACAAUUCCACAGUGAUCAGGCUGCAGUGGGAUGUAAGUUGGCGCAGAUUCUGAUGCAGUACUGUGUAGUUGCGAAUUACUACUGGCUUCUCGUAGAGGGGCUAUACCUCCAUAACCUUCUUGUUGUGAUGGUGUUUUCUGAAAAAAGCUACUUUAGGGGAUACCUUUUCAUUGGCUGGGGAACUCCAGUUAUAUUUGUUGUUCCAUGGAUUAUAGUCCGUUACCUUCAUGAAAAUUAUCUUUGCUGGGAAAGAAAUGAUAACAUGGCCUAUUGGUGGAUCAUUCGGUCUCCUAUUCUCCUGGCUACACUGAUAAACUUUUUCAUAUUUAUUCGAAUUAUUAAAAUCCUUGUCUCCAAACUUCGAGCACAUCAGAUGCGAUACAAUGAUUAUAAAUGCAGGUUGGCUAAAUCUACACUGACCCUGAUUCCUCUGCUAGGAAUACAUGUGGUGGUAUUUGCACUUGUCACAGAGGAGCAUGCCCGAGGGACACUUCGAUAUGUCAAGCUGUUCUUUGAUCUUUUUCUCAAUUCAUUUCAGGGCUUAUUGGUGGCAAUCCUGUACUGCUUUGUCAAUAAAGAGGUUCAAUCUGAGAUUAAGAAGAAGUGGCAAAGGUGGCAGCUGGGGAUGAGCAUCUUAGAGGAACACCGUAAUACCUGCAGCAAUAUACCACAGGGAAGGCUAGCCAGCAACGGUCAAUGCCAUCACAAGGCAACCGGGAAGUGUCACAGCUUUCCAAGAGACAAUGCUGACAAGUAUGGUAAUGUGGAUUCCAACUACAGUUCCGAAAACUCCUCAUCUGGUCACCAUCACAAUGGCAGCAAAAAUGGCAAAUCAUACUGUUAUAUUUCUACAAAAAAGCAGCUACCUAGCAUGGAUGACAUUGCACAGACUGAUGGAGAGAAGCCGCUGGCAAAGUUUUCAGAGAGUUACUGCUGAAAGUAAAGAGCAGAAACAAAACAUAUUAGAAGACAAUGCACCAGAAAGUUCUGAAAGUGUUGGUUGAAUUUUGGUUCUUUUCCAUGGAAAAUUAAUUGAAAUAUCCUUCCCAAAGAGGAUCGCACAGUGCAUUUUCUUUAACAUUGAUUGUGAUCCAUGCUUUGGACACAUUACAGAUUACAGACCCUCCUGAUUUCAUACAGUAAAUGCUCUAAGUUAUUCCAUAACAAAUUCGUAUGCUCUUUGCAUUAAAACAUUUUUUUCAA